AUGGUUUUCAAAAAGACUUUUUGGAUUUUGUUCGUAGAUGUCAUGCUCGUGAGAAGUGUCAUGAAUGGAGAUCCAGAACACACAACAAAAGAAACAAGACCUGAAUACAUACACCCUGACGGUCUACUAAACUUCGAUCCAUAUCUAUCGGACUUCAAAACAGAGACAGAAGAAGAAAAUGACUACAUACCUUUACCAGAAAAUGAAGAAACGAUAGAUGGUCUUCCUAUUUUCUUGUUAGAACCAAAAAAUUCAUACGUUCUAAGAAAUAGACCCGCGAAUUUGCUCUGUAGGGCAGCAAAUGCCCUCGAAGUGUAUUUCAAGUGCAAUGAUGUGAGGUCCGAUAAAAGUGUUCAGUUGGAACAUGUGGACCCCCAUAAUGGAGUCAGGGUUGUUGAAGCAGAACUCAAUGUGACGAGAAAUGAGCUGGACGGAGCCAAUAAAAAGUAUAGCUGCAAAUGUUACGCGUGGAACAGUAAGGGCAAGAUCAGGAGUCAAGCUGUUUUAAUUGAAUUUGCUUACAUAAAGAAGCAGUUCCUACAGCAACCUCUAUCAUCCACAAUAGAAGCUGGUAGAGGAGUGACGUUCAGAUGUGUGCCGCCACCCGCAGCACCACCACCUACCAUCAAAUGGACCAGAAAUGGAUUGCCUAUUGAACCCACUGUUGAAACUCUUGUAUUGCCAAAAGUUGGUUUGCAGGACAUGGCCAACUACACUUGUGUGGCGGAAAACAUCGCAGGUCGGCGGGAGUCCGACGUCGCUGUUUUGUCUGUGUACGUUAACGGUGGGUGGUCAGAAUGGUCACCGUGGGCACCAUGUCGAUGUGGUUCCACCACGAGUGGCCGUCGCCGGUCACGCAGCUGCACUGAGCCACCUCCAGCAAACGGUGGAGCUCCAUGUAGAGGACACUCUUCACAGAGCGAUGAGGACUGUGUCACAUGUCAGAAUAGUGGUACCUGGUCUGCCUGGGCCUCAUGGUCUUCAUGCAGCGUUGACUGUGUGAGGGUAAGGAGGAGACAGUGUUCAGGAAAUAAUUGCCAAGGAUCCACACUGCAACAUGCGGCCUGUGUUGACGGAUUGUGUACUAGUGGAAUGAGGUUCUACACCAAUAACACAACGCUGUACGUUGGUAUUGGCAUCACAGUUGCUAUGCUUCUCGCUGGCGUAGCUAUAUUAUACGUCUGGUGCAAAUACAGAGGCAGACCUGGAUAUUCUGCUGGGAGGAUAGGUACACCAAAGACACAUUCAGGCAGGGACAAAGGGAGCGCGGCGCCAGACCUGACGAGGACCUGCAACGAGUACUGGAUGCAGGGACCUGACAAUCACUAUGACAUGCCACAUGUCAGAGACAGCUAUUCAUCCCCAUUUGGGAACCGGAGUAGACAUCAGUCGUCAGCCGGAAGUAACCAUUACGAGAUGAAGCCUUACAGCCCUUCCGGGGACUCGGCGUCCAGUUGUUAUACCAACUCAAGGACAAUGACGUCACGGUCUAGUGAAUGUUCAUCUCAACUCGCAGAGCUCGUAACAGCAUCACCUACCUCCAUGUCAAAGGUGGAUGUAGCAGUGACGUUACCUACAGGACAUUUAGACACUAGCUAUAGAGACAAAAUUUGUUUGACUAUUGUCAAGUAA